AUGGCGCUCCAUCCUGCCCACUCACAGUCUCGACAUAGUCGCAAACGAGCCUUGGCGCGUACGGCAGGGAUUGUGCUACUCUCCAGCACCCUUCUUCUCUACACGUCCACCACCAUCUACAUGGCUGCGCUGGCGUGGAAUGCAACGAGUUUUAGCUCAGCUGUCACCGGGGCCGCUGACAACCUGUUCUCCGUCACCUAUGACGGGCGUGAGAGCAUCCUUGCCCUCUCUGAGGCGGCGGACAAACAGUCCCGGAUGCUGACUGCGGCGCUUUCAGUCAAUGUUAUGAUUGGAGACGCGGUCGUGUGGUGGCGGGCAUGUUUCAUCUGGCAGAAUAGGUUUAUCAACUGUCUUGGUCCACUGCUCUUGACGCUGACUUUAGUUUUCGGCGCUGUAGGCCUAGCCCUGUCCCCAGCCCCGGGUGGGAUAGCGCUCACAGUGUACUUUGGAUCUAACGGCUUCGUCGAUGCCUGCGCCAUUCUGUCCUUUGGCACCAAUGUGAUAGCGACGUCCUUGAUCGCUUAUAAAGCUUGGGCCCACAGGCGAUUCUUAAAGAAGUAUCUUGGAGCCGACGGAAUGAAAUCACGCGUUUUCAGGAUGCUGGCUCUUCUCGUCGAAUCCGGCAUCGUCUACAUUGCUGUGCUGGCGUUCUCGGUGAUGUACCAACUGAAUCCAGCUUCAUACGAGUCAUUACAACAACAAGGCGCUCUAGUGGAGACGGAGGAUGUCUUCACUUAUGGUUGUCUCGUACCCGUUGCAGCCAUCUAUCCCACCUUCAUCAUUGUACUUGUUGCACUUGAGCAAUCGCCAAUCGCCGGCGGGUUGUCUCAGGCAAGCAAAAAUCGAGAUCUCGAGAAGCUGGAUGGUGUUACGACCAGCACUAUCAUAUUUCACAACUCUACGUUUCGCAGCCCUGACUCCGAGGACGACUCGAACGCGUUGGAAAGUGGGACGUGCAGCUCAGAUAGUGUCGUGCCGGAUAACCGACCUGAGGGCAUGAACCCACCCCAGCUUGAAUUGCGUCCAUUGCCUGACAGGGUUGGUGAGGAGCGUGUGUAG